CUGGCGCGGCGUGGCGGCGGACGGAGGGCCGCAUAUGCGCGCGCGCUAACGGCAACCUAACGGUCACCGGGGGAUCACGGAAUGGCGCGCGGACAGAGCGCGAGCGCGGCUGCUGUGGAUGCUAGGUGUUAACGGCGCGCGCGGAUCCUGGCGGAGGACAAGCAGCCCGAGAUCACGGUGUGUAUUGGAGCAGGUGGAGGUGAAGAGCACAGCGAUGUGUGUGUUUGAGUUGCUGAUGUUGGAGCUACAGCACAGCCUCUGAACUAUGGGUAACGUGGAGAGUCAGUGUGGCAGCCAUGGCUUUUAUGGCGACCGGCAGCGGCAGCUGUCGCGGAAGCGCGUGUCCCGCUCGCUGCGUCUGUCCGGAAAGCAGUCGUAUCAUUCCCGACAUGUCUCAUCCGGAAAGCCGGAACACCGGAACUCCGAGACGAGCACGCGUUCCAGCAGCACUCCCAGCAUCCCUCAGUCCCUCGCUGAGCACGGCCUGGAGCCCUUUGAUGACAACGAUGGCGGCCUGCCGGACUUCAGCGGCCCCAUCUGGGUGGACCGAGUGGCCAUGAACCUGCGGCCCAUGACCUUCCACACUGACCCCACCGGUACCUCAGCCACCCCACAGGACAGCACACAGGACAGCACACAGGACGGCACAGAGACACACGGGGGCGCCAAAUCCUCCCCGCCCCGGGACACCAGCGGCUUCAAGAAGAAUUCUACGAAGCGCUCAAAGUCUGCGGAUAUGUGGAGGGAGGACUCUCUGGAGGUUUCUCUGUCUGACGCCAGUCUGGAGAACCUCACCAGUAUGGAGGAGAUCGCAGACGUGCCGGACUCCACACGGGCUAACUCACUGGAUGAGCUGUACGGACCGCAGAGCCACGGGCGCUACGCUAAACGCCGCAAGAGCGGCGCUAUGGGGGCGGACAGCGAGGAGGAAAAGAUUCUCUCUCCAUGUGAUGAUGACGGCACGAAUUACGGAGCCUUCACCCUGCCCUGCCGCCGCUCACACUGCCUGUCAGAGGGGCUCACCAGCUACCAGGGUGCCAUGCAGGGCAGACGGGCACAAACCAUACAGGAUGUCACGGCGGGUGACGGCAGCGAGAUGGAGGACAGUGGGAUUGAUGGGCUGAUUGGAGACAGCGAGGUGCCCCAGCCCCGCCGCUAUAAGGCAAUGUCUGCAUCGUUCUCUGCUUACUCCACAUCAGUAGGGGGUGCCUUCGCCGGCAGCGACAGUGGCAGCAGCAGCGGGGCUGGAGCUGGAGAAGGUGUGCAGGGUGUGUACGAGAACUUCCGGCAGGAGCUGGAGAAGAGCGUGUGCCAGAUGGAGCCGGCGGAGAAGCGGGCGUCGGGCUUGAGCGAUGAGCAGAGCAGCAUCACGCUAAGCUCCGCCUACCACACAGAGCCCAUGCUGGGUCUGGCCUAUCACACAGAGCCGCUGCUGGGAGUUGCCGCCGGUCAGGGCAGUGUACGCAAGGCCGGCCGACUAACCAUCAAAAACCUGCUGGUACACAAAAAGAACAAGAAGGUGGAGCUCGCCGCUCGCCGCAAGUGGAAGAGCUACUGGGUCUCCCUUAAAGGAUGCACUCUGUUUUUCUACGAGACGGACGGGCGUUCUGGAAUCGAUCACACCAGCGUUCCCAAACAUGCCGUGUGGGCGGAGAACAGCAUCGUACAGGCCGUGCCAGAGCACCCCAAAAAAGACUUUGUUUUCUGCCUCAGUAACUCAAUGGGAGACUCAUACCUGUUCCAGACUUGCAGUCAGACGGAGUUAGAGAACUGGGUGACGGCGAUACACUCGGCGUGUGCGGCGGCGUUUGCCCGGCAGCAUCAUCGCGAGGACACUGUGCGGCUACUGCGCUCUGAGAUCCGGAAGCUGGAGCAGAAGAUUGAUAUGGAUGAGAAGAUGAAGAAGAUGGGGGACAUGCAGCUGGCCUCCGUCACCGACACCAAGAAGAGGAAGACCAUCCUGGAGCAGAUCUUCCUGUGGGAACAGAAUCUGGAGCAGUUCCAUAUGGAUCUGUUCCGGUUCCGCUGUUAUCUCUCCAGCCUGCAGGGCGGCGAGCUCCCCAACCCCAAACGCCUGCUGGCCUUCGCCUCGCGCCCAACCAAACUGGCCAUGGGCCGCCUGGGCAUCUUCUCCGUCUCCUCCUUCCACGCCCUGGUGGCGGCUCGUACGGAGUGUGGGGUACGGCGGCGUCCUCACGCCGUGUCUCGCUCCACCAGCAAACGCAAGAGUCGCUUCUCCUCACUGUGGGGUCUGGAGACCAGCGGCAAGAGGAAAAACAAAACACACCCCUCCAUAGAGCAGGUCUUUGCUGAAGGGGAGGAGCCAGUGAAGAGAGUUCUGGAAGGAAUGUUUGAGGAAUCAUCAAGAACUUCUAAAGACGAGCCGGUGGGGGUGAAGGGUGCGGGUCGGCCGGGUACAGAGCAGGACACCUGGACGAAGGACCACCUCACUCCCUCUUGGGUGUGUUUACCCAACGGCCGGCCGGUUCUGGCCAUCAUCCGUCCUGGGGAGUCUGCGCUGGACACGCUGGAGACCAUCUGCAAGGCUCAUGGUUUGGACCCCACUAAGCACUACCUGCGUCUGAAGUUUCUGAUCGAAGCACAGGUCCAGUUCUACAUCCCCAAACCGGAGGAGGACGUUUAUGACCUGCUGUAUAAGGAAAUCGAGCUGUGCUCUAAAAUCAGGAAGAUCAUUCAGUUUGAUCGGGACGAGUCCUGCAUGAUUGGAUAUGGGUUCUCCAUCUCGGUGGUGGAGGACGACAGUGUGCAGCAGCUCUACAUCACUGACGUGAAAGCAGGAGGAUUAGCGUUCGCUAAAGGUCUGAACGCAGGCGACGAGAUCCUGCAGCUCAACGGGAAGAACUCCAGCACGCUGACCUUCUCCGACAUGAAGGCUGCCUUCUCUCAGGCGUCCCUCUCACUCACAGUGAACACACUGCCCCUGGUGGACCGGAGACAGCACUGCUUUCUGCCCCCGCGACGAUCCGACUCUGUACAGCACCUCUACACCGACAUCUUCUCCCAGAACCAAGAGGAGAUUUUGGACGAUGGAGUUGGACUGAUUUCAGAGACGUCUGGGGACAGUCUGGAAGAUGAGCUGUUCAGCGAAUAUGAUGACUACGGGAAGAGUACGGAGCAGGUGACAGCGUUCUGUCGGAGUCUUCAUGAGAUGAAUCCUUCAUCAGAUGCUGUUUCUCCUUCCUCUGGACCGGAGUCUUCCUCGGCGGGGGUCAACACAGCCCCCCGGCAGCUCAGCCACGCCGACAAACUGCGCAAAGUCAUCUGGGAGCUGGUGGAGACAGAGCGCACUUAUGUUAAGGAUCUGAACUGUCUGAUUGGGCGAUAUUUGACCCCCCUGCAGAAAGAAAGCUUCCUCACUCAGGAUGAGCUGGACGUGUUGUUUGGGAACCUGCCAGAGAUGGUGGAGUUCCAGGUGGAGUUCCUGCGGACGCUGGAGGAUGGAGCACGGCUCGUUCCCGACCUGGAGAAACUGGAGCGAGUGGAGCAGUUUAAGAAGAUCCUGUUCUCUCUGGGCGGAUCUUUCCUCUACUACGCCGACCGCUUCAAAAUCUACAGCGCCUUCUGCGCCAGCCACACCAAAGUCCCCAAAGUACUGGUGAAAGCAAAGACAGAUCCUGCGUUUAAGGCGUUUCUGGACGAGAGGAACCCCAAGCAGCAGCACUCGUCUACUCUGGAGUCCUACCUGAUCAAACCCAUUCAGAGAGUCCUGAAAUACCCCCUGCUGCUCAGAGAGCUCUACACACUCACCGACCCCGACAGCGAGGAGCACUACCACCUCGACGUUGCGAUGAAGGCUAUGAAUAAAGUGGCGAGUCACAUUAAUGAGAUGCAGAAGCUUCAUGAAGAGUUUGGUGCAGUUUUCGAUCAGCUCAUCUCAGAACAGACUGGGGAAAAGAAAGAGGUGGCUGACCUGUCUAUGGGUGAUCUGCUGCUGAACACCUCAGUGACCUGGCUCAACCCCCCCUCGUCUCUGGGCAAGUGGAAGAAGGAGCCCCAACUUGCAACGUUUGUGUUUAAGACGGCCGUGGUGUUUGUGUGUAAGGACUUUUCCAAGCAGAAGAAGAAAAUAGGUGGAUCUCACCGGGCGUCUAUCUCUGGUGAGGAGCGAGAUCCGUUCCGUUUCCGUCACAUGAUCUCCACCAGCGCCCUCCAAGUGCGAGCUCUGAGUGGUGCAGAUGGUGACAGUGCUACAGUGUGUGAAAUCAUUCACAUCAAAUCGGAAUCAGAAGGAAGACCAGAGAGAGUGUUCCACCUGUGCUGCAGUUCUCCCGAGAGUAAGAAGGACUUUCUGAGGACGGUGCACUCCAUUCUGAGGGAUAAGCAGAGACGGCAGCUGCUGAAGACCGAGAGUCUUCCUCCCAGCCAGCAGUACGUCCCGUUCGGGGGGAAGCGCCUGUGUGCUCUGAAAGGAGCCCGUCCCGCCAUGAACCGAGCAGCCUCGGCUCCGACGCGUACGCUGGGGCGGCGUAAGCUGGUGCGGAACCGCUUCACCAUCGAUACAGACAUCGUAUUCGACGCAGACGCCGAUGCCGACCCUGACUCUCCGGAUUCCCAGCAUGCCCUGCAGCCGGGGGACACAGACCGCUGGGUGGAGGAGCAGUUCGACCUGCAGCGCUACGAGGAGCAGGAGCAGGUAAAGGAGACGAACAUCCUGAGCGACGAGGAGGACGAUGAGGAGGAGGAGGAAGACCUGAGCCGGUCCGCUCUGAGCCCGGCGACGCCAGAUGACGUGGAGGGACAGAUCUCGGCGCUGUCGCUGGGAGAGGACGAGCAGGCCGAGUCCGACAGCAAAGACUCCAAAUCCCAGCAUGCUAUGCGGCUUUCUCACUUGGGGAAACAGUGCGCCGUGUCUGUCGCCAGCGUGGACGACCAGCCGCCGCCCGGCGACGAGGUGGUGUGGGUGCGGCGGGACGUCGGGAGUCCCGACAGCGACACACAGAACACUCCGGAGAGCUGAGCUCCGCCCGGCGUCUCGGAACGACGGUGCUGAUCCUGGAUCUGACUCCGGUUCUGGUUCUGGUUUCUCUGGAACUCUAAUCUCUAUUACCCUGCAGAGAUUACUCCUCACCAGGGCUGAACAAUGCGCACACAAAUCAUACAACAUCACAAUAUAAUCAAUAUAAAACAAACUUUCACUAGUUAUCACUAAUUAUUAAAGUUAUUAAAUAUUGAGUUAUCAACAUAUACAUAUUGACAGAGUGGAAUAUCAGUAUAUCACUAUUAGUAUAUUACUGCCCAUAACGAAUUAUCAUUGGUCCAUUAGUAUUUCAUGACUCAAUAAAUAAAUUAUUUUAAUUACUUCGAAAUAAUCAUGCAUUGAUAAUCAUGGAUCAUGAAUAAUGACCACCCGUGAUCCAUAUUUACUGAUAAUUAUAAUAAAUCCAUUGUUAUACAUGAUUUCUAAUUGGUAAUAUAUUAAUAAAAUGAUAAAUUAAUAAUAUUCCACAUUAUAUGGUAAAUUAUAUGUAAUUAUUGUUUUUGAUUAUUGAAUUAACUAUCAUCAAUUGAAAACCUCUGAAAUAUAAUCAAGAGGAAGAUACAAAAGCAGCGUGUAAGACUGGUGGAAGAGAACAUGAUGCCAAGAUGCAUAAAACUGUGAUUAAAAACCAGGGUUAUUCCACCAAAUAUUGAUUUCUGAACUCCUAAAACUUUAUGAAUAUGAACUUGUUUUCUUUGCAUUAUUUGAGGUCUGAAAAGCUCUGCAUCUUUUUUUGUUAUUUCAGCCAUUUCUCAUUUUCCGCAAAUAAAUGCUAAAUAACGCUAAAUUACUAUAUUUUUAUGUGGAAUUUGGGAGAAAUGUUGUCCGUAGUUUAUAGAAUAAAACAACAAUGUUCAUUUUACUCAAACAUAAACCUAUAAAUAGCGAAAUCAAGAGCUGUAUAAGCUGUGGAUUUAUUAAUAUUUAUUUUAUUGGUGAUAAAUGAAUGAUAAAGGCGCAUCGUCCAGCCCUAGUGAAACUAAUCCUGUAUCAACACUCUUACUCGGACUUAUGGGACCCCUGUAGAGGGGCUGGGGAGGGGUCUACUAUAGAAUUUGACCCAAUCUAGAACCAGAACCUUGACUAAUGUUGAACAAACUGCUGAUGAACACACCUGCACAGACUGUCUGACAGUGAUGUACAGGUAACUGAACACACCCAACCCAACAGGUUACUGAACUCAACACACACAAACACACACACACACACACACACACACACACACUUUCAACUGUAUAUCAGUGUAACACACAUUCAGCUGUAAGAUAAAACGUUAUCUAGUGGUGAAAAAGCAGCCCACAGACACGCCCACCGUUACAGAAUGACCCCCGGGUGGGGGGUGAUCACUCACAGGGUGAAUCCCUCGAUACACCAGAAGAUUUAAUCACUUAUUACCUUUGCACAUUCCUGCAGGCGGCUGCUCUAACUCUCGGACUUCCGGCCGCCACCCAAUCACAACCACUCUCAUCAUUCCAUUUUAAUUAUUGUUUAUUCCUUUAUUUACGCAUAACAAGUGUUUGGAAGUUGUGUUAUUAUUAUUAAAGGGCUUCUGUUUACUUUAUUUAUUACGCCCAAUGAAGCCCAAGCUUACGGUGGAUCUGGAUUCAAUUUUUCGUUGUAUAUAUUAGCAGUUUUUAAUUGCUGUGAGCAAGGAUUUGUUUUACAAGUUUUACAUGCAUUCACACAAACACACACACAGAGUAAAGACUGUAAUGCAUAGAAAAGCUCUUUAUGAUAGCAAACACAGUCCAGUCAAACCUUUAGACCCUCCUGACACUCUGUAAUAGCCACAUGCUAAAAUGAUCACAGUUGCUUUCACUAAAUAUUAUGUACAGUACCAGUUAAUAGUUUGGACACCUUAAAUUCAGCAUUUUUUCCAUUAUUUUUAAAUGUUUUGCAUUGAAGAUUUAUACUAAAGUUAUUCAAACUACAAAGAAAAUGUGAAAUUAUUUAGUAAACAGAAAACUUGCUAAGUAAACCAGAAUAAGUUUAAUAUUUUAGAUUCUUCAAAGUUUUGCACAUCUAGGCUGUAUUUUCUCAGUCAGCUUUAUGAGGUAGUCACCUAGGCUUUCAGUUAACAGCUGUACUGAACUCAUCAAGUGUUAAUUAUUUGAAUUUCUUGCUCCUCUUAAUGUGUUUGAGGGAAUAUUUGAGUAAUGCUCUAAUCCAUAUUAUGACACGAACUUCUUAACUAAGUAAAGAAAAGUUCAGUCACUGCCAGUGUUUUGAAAAAGUAAUAAGUUAUAGUUACUAGUUACUUCUCCAAAAAAGUAACUGAGUUACUAACUGAGUUACUAAAAGUAACUAGUUACCAGUAAAAGUAACUAUUGCGUUACUUUUGUGUUACUUGCCCCCGUAACCAACGCCGUUAUUCCCAUCACUGGUCACUGCAAAGACCGUCAAAAACGUUAUGAUGAAACUGGCUCUCAUCAGGACCGCACCAGGGAUAGAAGAGCAAGAGUUUCCUCUGUUGCACAGGAUACGUUCAUCAGAGUUACCAGCUCCAGAUAAGAGCACUUCAGUAUUCAUUUACAUUGUAGAAAAAAAGAUAUCAAAACAUUUGAUUGAUACUGUACAUAUCAGGUUAGUUACAUUAGCUACUUUUACUUGAUAGCCACAUGCUAAAUGGAAAUGGAAUGGAAUUUAAGCUUUUUGUCCUUAGUAAUCAGUAAUCAUGUUUAAUGGUUUAAAUUUGCUUUCAUUCCUUUCAUUAUUAGCAUCAUUAGCUUUCCUUGCUAAUCCUUGCUAAUAAAAUUAGCUUCCACUCUGUGUUAGCCACAUGCUACAUGCUUUAUUUUAGCCUUAUCCCUUUUAGGAAUGUUGAAAUGAGUUAAAAUAAAAGCCUUAUUGUGAGCAGGGGUGUCUGACGGUUUGGUUGUGACUGUAUUUGUGAGCUCAGUGGUCAUCUUUAGGGUCUUAAGUCCGACCCUUUACCUUUACCGGUCGGUGCAGUUCAGUGGAAUAUUGAUCUCUGGUCUCUCGUCCGUUUUCACCUGCAGUAACGACACUGUUGUUGUUUUUCUUCAGUAUCUUAUUUCCUUUAACCCAACAGAUCCUGUUUUACUUGAAUUUUGACUUGUUUGCGACGGCAAUAGUGUUUUUUAGUCUCGUUUUUUUAUGCUUAUCUGUAACAGACAAUGCUCUGACCUGCUUUAACUGCACACUACAUCACCGAGUCCAGUCCUCAGUACCCCGAGGCCGGUCCAGAUUUUUCUUCUUUCACCACUUCCGACACACCUGAGCCAGGUAACGCUCUAGAUUACGUGGCUCAGCUGUAAGAGAAUAAAAAUAUGGACCACAAUAAUGUGGGUGAGGACUGGACUGAGCCCCAAAACCCGAACCUUUAAUCCGAACCUUUUCUUUAUUUUCUACAUAGUUUUUUAUUUCCACAUUAUGAAAAUCCAAAUUUGCUGAAUGCAAUCAAAAAGAGCAAAAUAAAAAAGUGGAAAUUUAUUUUAGAUGGAUGUACUGUAGAAUAUGACUUACUGAAUAUACCCAUUGUGCUACAAAGAGUGUGUUUUUAUUUUGUAAAUAGAACAGUGUAUUGAUAUUAUAUCAAAUAAAACUUGUUUCGUAAAUAUCCUUGAAA